AUGGGUAAACGUCGGACGAUUAAGUUUGGUGCUGAAACCCUUAAGAACAUGGAUUUGUCUAAUCCAGUAUUCGAGGAAUAUUAUAGGAAACAACUCUCUUUGGAUGAAUCCGACUUUGAGCUGCUUUUACAGGCUUUAAAGACAGAAUUGCCUGUGACAUUUCGCACAACUGGUUUUCGUCAACAGAAUCGCGAACUUCUUUCAUUACUUCGCGAAAAUUAUCUCCAAUCUAUCAUUAAUAAAUCCGUUACCGAUUCUGCAGGUGAUGUAACUGUGGUUCCCCUCCGCUGGUACCCCGGACUCACAGCCUGGCAAAUAAAUGCUAGUCGCUUGACCAUUCGAAAGUCUUCGGAGUUGAAGGAACUACAAAAAUUUUUAGUCUCAGAGUCCGAAGCAGGCAACUUAAGUCGUCAGGAAGCAGUUAGUAUGUUGCCGCCACUUGUUCUGGAUAUCAAAGAACACCACGCUGUCCUGGAUCUCUGCGCUGCUCCAGGGUCAAAAUCAGCUCAACUCGUUGAGUUAUUGCACGCCGAUGCUGAAUCCAAGUGUUCAGAUGCUACUCACUAUUCCGAACCCUCUGGUAUCGUUGUUGCAAAUGAUCUUGACCGUCAACGGUGUUACAUGAUGGUGCACCAAGUCAAGCGCCUUCAAAGCCCUUGCGUCAUACUAACGGAAGAAGACGCAUCCGUUUAUCCCCGUUUAUUUAUUAACUCAUCUGAAAACCCUGACAUGAUGCAGCAGAUGCUGUUUGAUCGAAUUCUUGCCGAUGUACCAUGCAGUGGAGAUGGCACCCUUAGGAAGAGUCCCGAUAUUUGGGCACGAUGGACCCCAAAAAUUGGAAGAGGUCACCAUGACCUACAAAAAAGAAUCCUGCGCCGUGGCCUUGAGCUUCUUCGCGUUCCGGAAUCCCCAGAUGAUCAUGAUCUUCCCCGCCUUGUUUAUUCGACCUGCAGCUUAAAUCCGGUUGAGGAUGAAGCCGUAGUUGCAUCUGUUCUCGCCGCGUGCAAGGGCACAGUUCGACUUGUUGAACCUGAUCUGCUGUGCCUUCCAAAUAGUACAAAUGCCAAGGACGGAGGCUUUAUCGCUCGUCAGGGGUUGAAGAGUUGGCAAAUCCUCAUGGGUAAUGAUAAAUGGUACACGGCUCAUAGCGAGCUUCCCGAACGAGAGCGAGGGACUGUCCAAACCAGCCUUUUCCCUCCAGAAAAUGCGGAAGAACUUCAUUUAGAGCACUGUCGACGUGUGCUCCCUCAUGAUCAAAAUACUGGUGGGUUCUUCAUUGCUGUCUUCGAAAAACUGACUGACCUGCCUUGGAUGAGGAACCGCCAGCGAAUUACUAAGGGAAACUGUGAAUCAUCAAAUAAUGUUGCGAGUACGGAGCGUUCAGUAAUCGAAACUGAAGUAUCUGCCAAUUGUAAUGCACCCGCAUCAAAGAAGGCACGUCUGACAGAAUACAGACGGGAGGAAAGCAGCUUUGUUUACAUGGAUCCAGCCACUGACAAUGACUGGCCCAAGAUCCGUGAGUAUUAUGGCAUCGAAAAAGGUGGUAAGACCUUGGCAAUCCUCAACCCUGCCCAGAUCCUCUACAGAGCCAGCUGUACCGACGACCCCAUUCGGAGACGAUUUCUCUACUACACCAACGCCCUCGUUAAAAAAGUGAUCCAAGCAAAUGUUGGCACCGGUCUUCACAUCGUGAGCGGCGGUGUGAAGUUGUUUGCUCUCAGCGAUGACAAGCAGUUUGUUGGCUACCGUCUACUUCACGAUGGAGUCCACCUGGCCUCUGCGUUCCUCCCUCAAUCGACCAGUAUGGAACAGUACCCUCCACAACUUUGUUACCGUCGCCUUUCGCUGUCCGCCAGUGAGCGCGACGACCUUGUCCUGCUCCUGUGCGAAGAGAUGCCACUGGCCGAGCGCUUUUCCAGAGCCACACAGGACCAGUGGGAGAAGCUCGAUGUCGGGCCUGUUCUCAUUGACUACAAUCCCUUCGCCGCCUCCGACCCACUCAACCCGCCGGACAAAAGCCUUCGACCGCAUUGCCGGAUCGCUUUUGCCGGUUGGCGGGGGGCGAAGAGCCUUCGCCACUACAUCGACCGUCACGAGCGGGUGCACAUCCUCCGACUGUGCGGUCUCGACGCCUCUGUCCCACUUAUCACCGGUCGAGCCAAAGAUUUGAACCAGGGAGAUAAACCGUAA